CUCCCGGCAGCAGCAAGGUUCUGGGACCGUCUCGGUUCAGUCGAGUCAGGUCAGUCCUCGGGAAGGUGAUUUUCUUCGUGGUACGUUCUCGGGGUCUUACGUCGUCGCGCUCACGGCCCACGUUAUAUUACUCCCUCUUCUCGCACUUUUCUUCUCUCCGGUCCCGGUCCCCGUAUCCACACGAUCCUGUUCGUGCCACCCCCGAUCCUCUAAAAAUCGUCCCCCGAAGCAUCUCGAUCGUCCUCGCGACCCGCUUGAUUUUUCAUAAUUUCCGUCCGGCUCCCCUCCCCCACCCUCCCCCCCGAGAUCCACCCGCUCCUCAAGCGAAAAGCGGAGAAGACACGCCGCGAGAUAGCGUGUGUAUGUGUGUGCUCGCGCGCGCGUAAGUGAGAUUCCAUCGUAGGUGAACUACGACUCCGAUAGCUCCGGAUCGAUGGAUCCCGAUUCUGGCGAGCGAUCGGAACGCAGCGACCGCGAAACACGCCGUACCCGUGGCUGUCCCGUGUGAGACUAGCUCUAUCGCGGGGGCCAGUAACGACAACAACAUCGGAGAUCGUCGAUCGCGAUCCGCGUGUCGAGUUCGGGAACGUGGUUCUGUGCGCGUGGGGCCCCGCGGUCCCCAUCAGUGGUGUCGCGGUCUCGUCGUCGCCGGAGAGCCAACGAUCGUUCGUUCGUUCGAUCGAUCGAUCGCGAGUUCGGAUUCUGGACUCGGUGAGAGUGUGUUAUCGGUACCGUGCCGCGUGGGGCCGGUGUCAGUGUCGGGUCGUGGAAAAACGAGCGAGGUCGGGUUGCCAGCGGCACGCAGCACCGGAUAAGAAGGCAAAGCAGCGACGGCGUGUUUUAAUCGGCCAGCCAGUCAGCGGGGACCUUUUGGAUCAAGAUAUCGCGUUCGCGAUCUCGUUCGUCGGUCCCGCGAUCGACGGCAGGCCGGAAAAGUUCGGCGGAUCCGCAGCAGCAUCUGCGGCAGACGCGUUUCGCGAGGAGGCGCGGCUCGGCGCGAGCACGCGGGUCACUGCCCCCUCUGUCGGCUCGAGUACCUCGCGUACCCGACUUUCUUGCUCCGCGAGGGAGACGAAAAGCGAGGGAACCCACGGGGGAGAAGAGAAACAGAGAGCCGGAGAGAGAGAGACGGACGGAGAGAAAGAGAGAGAAAGAGAGAGAGAGAGAGAGAGAGAGAGAGAGAGAGAGAGAGAGAGAGAGAGAGGAAGCCCGACAGAGACAGAACGGAACGAUAUCGAGCGAGCCGGACACCUUCCUCGAAAGAUCGCGCUUAAGCCGAUUUCGAGUUGAGUCGAGUCGAGUCGAGUCGAGCUGAGUCGAGUCGAGUCGAGUCGGCUGCGAAAGAGGCCAUCCAUUAGAAAGAAAAGAUAUCGGGGGGAACGAGAGAAGGAGGAAGAGAUAGGAGGCGCGGGAGAGGAAAGCAUGGAAUCCGCGAGGCAUUCGCGCGACCGGUUGGAACGUUGAUCCGAUCCACGGUAUACCAUGUUCUGUACACGGCCGGUCACGUGAACCCGGAGGAGAGAAUGAAAUUGCCGUGGACGAUGAGGACGAGGAACGAUAGGUAGUGGCAGGAAACCCCCAAAGGCCUUGUUACCUUUAUAUGUCGUCGAACCGCGAGAAGAAUUUGGUUAAGGAAGGGGGCCCGUCCGAGGGACAGAAGAGAUGAUCAUAAGAAGAUCGAUGGUCCUAGUCCUGGUCCUGGGACUGUUGUCGGUGGACCAAAAUGGCGGCCAGGCGAACGCCGCGGAGACGCGAGGGAACGACGGGGCCGAGUACUAUUACACCCGGAAGAUACCGCAGAGGGUGACGCGGCUGGUGCCGCGAAGGUCGCCGAUGCUGCCGCAGGACAGCGCUAUGAUGGGCCUGGCGAUGCAGAGCAGAGCGGCGGACACCAGCGUUCUGCUGCAGGUCAGGGAGGGCGAGCCGAAGGACACGAUGGUCGGCGUGAUACCGAUGAUGUCGGGCUUCACCUAUCGGUUCAACGAACCGCCCCAGGAGUUCGUUUUAGACCCGAAGACCGGCACGAUCCGCACGGCGAAGGUUUUGGACAGGGAGGCGUUGAGCAGCGACAGGUUCGACCUGGUCGUGUUGUCCAGCCAGCCGACGUACCCGAUCGAGGUCAGGAUCCUCGUGUCGGACAUCAACGAUAACGAUCCCGAGUUCCCGGAGUCCAGCAUAGCGGUCAGCUUCUCGGAAUCGGCGGUGGUCGGAACGAAGCUGUUGCUGGACGCGGCGACGGACAGGGACACGCCCGAGAACGGGGUCGUCGACGACUACUUCAUCGUGGACGGUAACACCGAUGGAAAGUUUCGGCUCGAGGUGACCGGUAACCCGACCGGCGAGACCUCUUAUCUACACUUGGAGACCACCGGUAAACUGGAUCGGGAGCAGGUCGAGUAUUACUCGUUGAACGUUUGCGCGAGGGACAGAGGCAGGCCGGCCAGGCUGGGCUACUUGCUGGUGAACGUGACCGUGCUGGACGUGAACGACAAUCCGCCGAUAUUCCAGCAGAGCGAUUACAUGGUGGCGUUGAACGAGAGCGCGCCGGCCGGCACCAAGGUGUUGACGGUGCACGCGACCGACAAGGACUCCGAGGACAACUCGAAGCUGACGUACUAUCUGCCGGACUCGGAACGUCAGUUCACCAUAGACCCGGAGACCGGUACCAUCACCACCGUGGAGCCGUUGGACUGUCCGCAGCAGAGCUGCACGAUCGGCGCGCGUCCGGGUGGCGGCUGCCCAAAGAGCUGCGUGAUAACGGUGUUCGCUCGGGACCACGGCUCGCCACGGCAGGACGGUCGUACCUAUGUAACGGUGAAUCUAUUGGACGCGAACGAUCACGAUCCGGAGAUCAAGUUCAGUUAUUUCCCGCCGACACCGGGCUACGCGACCGUCGACGAGAACGCGGCGAUAGACUCGAUCGUCGCGGCGGUCGCCGUGAUCGACAACGACGAGGGUCUGAACGGCGAGACGUCGGUCGAGAUCCGUGCCGGCAACGAGCUCGGCCAUUUCCGGCUGGACAACACCCAGAGCUUCGACAUCGUGCACGUGAACGGCCGGCUGGACCGCGAGGAGAUCCCGAAAUACAAUCUGACCGUGGUGGCGACCGAUAAAGGCACGCCACCGAGAUCCGCGACCGCCUAUCUGGUGAUCCACGUGAACGACGUGAACGACCACGAACCGGUCUUCCAGCAGAGCGAGUACUCGGCGGUGCUCUCGGAGCUAUCGCCGACCGGCAGCUUCGUCGCCAGUAUCUCGGCGACCGACGCGGACUCGGGCCUCAACGCCAGGAUUUAUUAUGGUUUCGACUCGGGCAACGAGCAAGGCUGGUUCGCCAUCGAUCAGGACACCGGACUGGUCACCACGGUCGCCACGCUCGACAGAGAGGUCCAGGGCAGCAUAGAGCUGCGCGUGUCGGCCAGGGACGGCGGACCGAAUCCGAAGUACGUAUGGACGCAUCUGAAGGUGACGAUCCUCGACGAGAACGACGAGGCACCCGGUUUCUCGCAGAGCGUCGUCGAGGUCACUUUGUCGGAGAACACGCCCCCGCAGAGCCUGGUGGCGACUCUGACCGCGGUGGACAACGAUCAGGGGACGAACGGCAGCGUCGCUUACAGCUUUCACUCGAGCGUGUCCAGGGACUAUCCGAAAACGUUCGCGCUGGACGGGCUGACCGGCCAGUUGACCACGAAGAUCCCGCUCGACAGAGAGACCACCGCGGAGUACAGGAUCCUGGUGAUCGCGAAGGAUCAAGGCACGCCGCCCCAGUCGUCCACGGCGACCGUGGUGUUGACUCUCGAGGACGUGAACGACAAUGCGCCAGUUUUUUACCCGUGGAGGUACUUGAUGCCCAUACCGGAAGGCGCCCCGCCAGGAACCACGGUGGGCAAGGUGACGGCGACCGAUGCCGACGCCAGGGAGAACGCGCAGGUGAGAUACUCCUUGGAAUCCGGCGGCGAGGGAUUGUUCACCGUGGACGAGCGAACCGGCGAGAUAUCGCUUCAGGGCUCGAUGAGGGCGGCGCACAAGACUUUGUACGAGCUGGAGAUAUCGGCGAAGGACACCGGGGAUAAAACCGCGGUGAGGAACGCCGUGGUCGAGAUCAUUCGGAAAGAGGAUCUGGAGCAGCUCGAGUUCAAAACGUACAACGGGUACGAGCUGCGUGUCGCCGAGGACAGGGGCAAGUGCGACUCCUUGACGAACCUGUUCGUCCGGAGAGAAGUGGGCACCGUCCAGGUGACGCAAUACGGCGCCGCGAAGGUCUCGUACGCGAUCGUGUACGGCGAUCCCAAGGGCAACUUCGAGAUCGACGAGAGCACCGGCACGAUCGCCACUUCCAGUUGUCUGGACCGCGAGGAGAUGGCCCACCACACUCUGCAAUUGUCCGCGAGAGCCGGCUUCGCUUACGGGCAGACCUCCGUGAACGUGGUCGUGCUCGACGUGAACGACAACCCGCCCAGGUUCCCCAAGGGCGAGAUAGGGGACGAGGUGUUCCUCAAGGAGAACGCCGCUGUAGGUCAGGAGGUGUGUCUGGCCCGCGCCAGGGACCGGGACGCGGGCGCCAACGCCAGGAUCGUUUACUCCCUGACGCACAAUCCCGGCGAGCAGUUCCGGGUUGCCGAGAAUUUGGGCAUCAUCUACUUGAACAGGCCGAUCCGAGCACCGCCGGGCACCGUGCUGCAGCUGGAGGUGACCGCGACCGAUUCGGGAAACCAGUCGCUAUCCGCGCAGCAUCAGAUCAGGGUGACGAUCGAGGACGUGAACGACCACACGCCGGUCUUCAAGCUGACCAGCUACGAGACCUCUCUGCCGGAGUCCACGCCGGUCAACGACCGAUUCUUCUCCCUGACGGCCACCGACGCCGAUCUCGGCGCCAACGGCCGCGUCCUCUACAGCGUCACCGACGGGAACGCCGAGGCCAGGUUCGGCAUCUUCCCCGACGGCCAGUUGUACGUGAAGAACGUGCUCGAUCGAGAGGAGCAAGACUAUUACGCGUUGGAAGUGACCGCCACCGAUCAGGCGAGUCCCGCGAGAAGCUCCGUGGUCCCGGUGGUGGUGCACAUCAUCGACGAGAACGACAACGCGCCCGAGUUCACCAACUCCAGCUUCAUCUUUCAUCUCCGCGAGAACGAGCCGCCGGACACGUUCGUCGGCAAACUGUUGGCCACCGAUCGCGACGUCGGCCGCAACGCCGAUCUGAUGUUCUCGCUGCCGGCCAGCCAGCAGGACUUCGUCGUCGAUCCUAGGAACGGCUUCAUCAAGUCGCUCAGGGUGUUCGACAGGGAGCAGCUGGUCGGCAACACCGACAGCAGCUACGUUACGUUGGAGGCGACCGUCACCGACAACGGGGCGAACAGGCUUCGGGACCGGGUCAAGGUCGUCAUAUACAUCACCGACGUGAACGACAACAUUCCCCAGUUCCAGAGGCUGCCGUACAGGGUGCAGGUGAACGAGGGCGCGGCGACCGGCACCCAGCUGCUCCGAGUCUACACGACGGACGCUGACGAGGGUUUGAACGGGGACGUGUUCUACUCGUUGGAGGACGGCAACCAGCACGGACACUUUGCCAUCGACGAAGCCACCGGCCAGAUCUCGCUGAUGAAGGAGCUCGACAGAGAAACGUCCGACCACUACGUCCUCACCGUGGUGGCGCACGACGCCGGCUUGGAGACGCGACUGUCCUCCAACACCACGGUGCACAUCGAGGUGCUGGACGAGAACGACAAUCAGCCGCGGUUCGUCGACAACAAGUCGAAGAUCUCCGUUCUGGAGACCACGCCGACCAACACGGAGCUGCUCCGUUUCAAAGCGACGGACAACGACCUGGGCCCGAACAGCGAGCUGACCUUCGCCAUAUCGGCCGGCAACAAACGGGACACCUUCUACAUAGACCCGCUGACCGGCACGUUGUACCUGCGCAAACCGUUGGACUACGAAGAGCUGGAGAGGUACACGUUGCACGUGAGCUGCAGCGACGGUGGCCAUCCACGGCUGAGCUCGGUGACGACGUUGCUGGUCGAGGUGAUCGACGCGAACGACAAUCCGCCGGUGUUCCCGAACACCGCGAUCGCCAGGCAGAUCCGCGAGGGGAUCCCCGUGCGCACCCCGAUCGUCACGAUCACCGCGGAGGACCCCGACUCCGGCGAGAACGGCGAGGUCACUUACUCCAUCGCUAGCCAGGACCCGGAGGACCAAAUGAGACGGUUCGACAUAAAUCCGUCCACGGCGGUGAUACACACGUUGCUGCCGAUCGACCGGGAGGAAGUCGACACGUACAAGCUGGUGGUGGUAGCCACGGACAAAGCUCAGCCACCCAGCGCCAGGCUGUCCGCGGAGAAGCUGGUGACCGUGAUAGUGGAGGACAUCAACGACAACGAUCCGAUCUUCGUCAGCAUGUCCGCGGUGGUGAUGCCGUUGCACGGUCUUCAUUACCAGGGGGAGGUCGUGGUGUGCCAGUUGGUAGCCAAAGAUCUGGACUCUAGCACGAACGGCAAGCUCACCUACGAGCUCCUGAGAUCCAACGUCAACUAUUCCGACAUGUUCCGUAUUCAUAGGAACACCGGUCUCUUGACCAUGAGGCUGUCCAGGUCGCUGAAGAGCAGCCUGGAGAAGGUGUCCAAGUACCAGAUCGGCGUCAGAGCCACCGACGAGGCUGUGCAGGCCGACAGAAGGUGGACGGAGACCUAUCUGACCAUUAUUGUGCCCGGCGACGAUCCCGGCGGUAACCAACUGGUCUGGGAGCACCGCGGACAGAUCGAAGGCAGCGUGGACGAGAACGAACAGAUCGGCACCGACAUCCUCAGGGUGACCGCUCGCAGCAGCAGAUCCAACAUCGAUCUCGAAUAUUACGUGACGAACGUGACCGCUGGUAGCGGUGGUCCGCAGGUCGACAGAUUGUUCGACGUCGACACGAAGACAGGUAUGCUGUCGACGGCCGCCGCGCUCGACAGGGAAACUGGAAUCCAGUGGUACGAGGUGGAGCUGUACGCGAUCAGUGUUGGUGGUACCAGGCCCAGUACGACGUCCACCAAAGUUCGAAUUACCGUCCUCGACAAGAAUGACGUGGCGCCGACCUGGGGGACGGGCAACUGGAGGUUCAACGUUUCCGAGGAGGCGCCCCCGAACACCGUUGUCACCGUCCUAAAAGCGUUCGACCCGGACACAAUCGGCACGCUGACUUACACCCUGGUGCCGAAUCAUCGUCCUGGCAGCGAACCGAUCGACGAAGCCGAGAGUCAUUUCAAGCUUCACCCGACCACGGGACAGCUGACUCUCGCGGAGGCCCUCGACAGAGAAACCAGAGAGAAAUACGUUCUGAGAGUUCGUGCCGAUGACGGAUUGCAACACACCGACGUCACGUUGACCGUUCAGGUGACGGACACGAACGACAACGCGCCGACGUUCCAGAGCACCGCGUACUCGUUCGACGUUCCGGAGAACAUGCCGAGGGGUAGCAGGAUCGGUCAGGUGGUUGCAACCGACGCGGACGCCGACGGUCCCAACAGCCAAUUGAGCUACACGCUGAUAUCCGAUUGGGCGAACGACGUUUUCUCCCUGAACCCGAGCACCGGCGUGUUCACGUUGACGGCCAGCCUCGAUUACGAGCAGGUGCAGCACUACAUUCUGGUGGUCCAGGCGACGGACGCCGGCAUCCCGGCGCUGUCCUCGACCGUGACCGUUUACUGCAACGUGGUCGACCUGAACGACAACGCGCCGAUCUUCGAGGCCGCCCCGAAUGCCGUUGACAUCGUCGAGAAUACCACGAUCGGGACCGCCGUGUUAUCAGUGGCGGCCCAGGACCUCGACUCGGGAGAUAACGGCCGAGUAAUUUACGCUGUCGCCGGCGGUGACGAGAACGGCGACUUCGGCGUCGCCGCCAACGGCACCCUAUUCACGAGGAAGCUGCUCGACAGGGAACGGAAGCCUUUGUACAAUUUGGUGGUCAGUGCCACCGACAGUCCCCUGCCACCUGCCCGGCCACUGUCCUCCACCGUUCAGGUGACAGUGGUGCUGCUCGACGUGAACGACAUGUCGCCGGAGUUCAUAUCGCCGACGAGGAUUUCGAUAAUAGAGAACGCGCCGAGCAACACGGUGGUGAUGGCCAUUAAAGCAGUGGACAGGGACGAAGGACGGAACGGGUACGUCGAGUACUCCCUGGAGGACACGUCGCUCCCGUUCACCGUGGGCCCCGUUGAUGGACUGUUGCGUGUAUCUGGUUCACUGGAUCGCGAAUUAAGGUCAAACUACAGCCUGGACGUAACCGCGAGAGACCGCGGUGAACCAGCGAGAGCGUCCUCGACGACAGUCACUGUCACGGUCCUCGACGAGAACGACAACUCCCCGGUUUUCGACCCCACACAGUACUCCGCCACCGUCGCCGAAAACGCCAGCAUCGGCGCCAGCGUCCUUCAGGUGUCAGCGAUGGAUAGGGACGAGGGUGCGAACGGCAGGGUGAGGUACAGCAUCGCUAUGGGGGACGACAACCGAGACUUCACCGUGUCGGAAGACGGCGGUGUGAUCCGGGUGGCGAAGAAUCUGAACUUCGAGCGAAAGUCGAGGUACGAUUUGACGAUUCGAGGAGAGGAUUGCGCGUCGGAGGUCGGCGAAACGCCCAGAGGGGACACUGCCCAGGUUACCAUCACCGUCCUCGACAUAAACGACAACGCUCCUGUCUUCCUGGACUCGCCUUACCUGGCCCACGUCAUGGAGAAUAUGGUUCCGCCUGGCGGAGGAUUCGUGAUACAGGUGAAAGCUUACGACGCAGACACUCCACCUUACAACGACCAGGUCAGGUACUUCUUGAAGGAGGGUGACACCGACUUGUUUCGGAUCAAUGCCAGCACCGGGGACAUCUUUCUGUUGAGGCCUUUGGACAGAGAAUUGGUGCAGGAGUAUACUCUCACCCUGGUUGCCAUGGACACUGGUUCUCCGCCGCUGACUGGAUCAGGCAUCGUCCGGAUCGUCGUGCUCGACGUAAAUGAUCACAGCCCGGAGUUCACCAGGCAGGAGUACAAGGCGACGGUCACCGAGAACUCAGCUUCCGGGACCUGGGUCACUAAACCACACGCUACCGACAAGGACGAGGGCCUCAACGCCAAGAUCAGGUACAGUCUGCUGGGUGAAAAGUCGGAAAAUUUCACCGCGGAUCCCGACACCGGUGAGGUGUUCACGGUAUUCCCGCUGGAUCGGGAGCAAACCUCCGUUUAUCACUUGACACUGGUCGCUCAGGAUUCCAGCCCGACCGAGCCGACAGCUUCCGCCGUCAAUUUGACCAUUUACGUCGCGGACGUGAACGACAACGCUCCCAGAUUCUCCAGUCCGCGAUACACCGCGUACGUGCCAGGUGCGACCAAACCAGGUGACUUCGUGUUCGGCGCAAAAGCGGUGGACGUCGACGACGGCGAGAAUUCGCGGAUCGUGUACCGUCUGCAGGGCAUGGACGCGGAGAAAUUCGCGAUCGACGCUAACAGCGGAGUGAUUAGAGCAACGCAGGAAUUGGCGAACGACAAGACCACGUACCAACUGCAAAUUCUGGCUUCUGAUUGCGGGACGACGCCGCAAACGGUCACCGCGGACUUGGUGAUACAUCUUUGGGAGAAACAACUGUUCCCCAGCUUCCUUUCCACCAUGAACACCAGGUUCACGCUGCCCGAGGACGUGCCCGAAGCACGAAUGAUUACCACGCUGAGCGCGACCACGCCGAAAGUUGGCGCGGCGAGCAAUCUCGUCUAUGGGAUAGCUGGUGGAAAUGUGGGAGACGCGUUGAAAAUUAAUCCCAACACUGGAGAGGUGUCGGUCGCCUCUGGAUUCGACUACGAAACAGCCCCGUACUACGAAGCCUGGAUAGAGGUUCGAGAUUCGGACACGCCGGAAUUGAGAAGCGUUGUCCAACUAUUGGUGAACGUGACCGAUGCGAACGACAACGCGCCGAUCAUGGAAGCGUCGAUCUACAACGCGACGGUGCCCGAGGACGAGUAUCCGCCAUUGUUCGUCGGCAAAGUGUCCGCGAAGGACCGCGAUUCCGGAGAAAACGGCCAAAUGUCUUACUUCCUGGUGAACGAUUUCUCGGAGACGUUCAUCAUCGACUCCGGCUCCGGAGAAAUUAGCACGAACGCGAAAUUGGAUCGCGAAGAGAUCGCCUCCUACGAGUUGAUAGUGGAAGCCAGAGACCACGGGCAACCCUCGUUAACGGGCACGGCUACCGUUUUGGUCACCGUGUUGGACAAAAACGACAACCCGCCGCAUUUUACCAGACUGUUCAGCGUGAACGUGACGGAGAACGCGGAGAUCGGCACUUUCGUCAUCAGGAUAACCAGCAGCGAUCCUGACAUCGGUCAAAACGCCAACGUCACUUACACAUUCACCGACAAUCCCGGGAUGAAGUUCGCUAUGGACGCUCUGAGCGGCAACGUGACGGUGGAUGGACACUUGGACAGGGAGGAGCAAGACGAAUAUCUGUUGAAGCUAGUAGCAGCGGACGGUGCCUGGUUGAGCGCGACAGCCCUCUCGAUCACGAUCCAAGAUCAAAACGACAACGCGCCGGAGUUCGACUCCGGAUCCUACCACUUCCAUUUCCCGGAGCUGCAGCCACCUGUUGCGCACGUCGGCCAGGUGACAGCGAUCGAUCGCGACAAGCAGGGUCCGAACUCGGUGAUCUCGUACAGCCUGCUGCAGCCGUCGGACUUGUUCAUGGUGGACCCGGCGACGGGCGACGUUUUCAGCAAGAAGACGUUGCGGUACAAGCACACGCAUCGACCGUCGUCCCCGGAGAACCUGUACUCGCUGACGGUUGUGGCGACCGACAACGGCAAACCGCCGAUGUCUUCGAGGACGGUGGUACACGUGAGCAUCGUCGAUUCGAACAACAAUGCGCCCAGGUUCGAGCAACGAUCCUACCUGUACCCGGUUCCCGAAAACUACGGCAUCGGCAAGCGAGUGAUCCAGCUGGUAGCCAAAGACGACGCGGACUAUGGCGUGAACGCCGAGAUCAGCUAUUCCCUGGUCAACAUGAACACCACCGAGUACUUCUUCAUCGAUCAGACAACCGGUUGGGUCUACGUACGGAACAGUUUGGCCAAUGUCCCUGUCGGCACGACCUACUCGCUGAAGGCUCGCGCGUUCGACAGAGGCGUGCCGCCUCAGAAGGACGAGGUUUCGUUGACCUUGGUGAUAUCCGGGGAGAACAAGCACGCUCCCACGUUCGCGGCCGCCAGGUACCAGGUCAGGGUGCCCGAGAACGAACCCGUGAACACCACGAUCCUCACUGUCAGCGCAACCGACGGCGACGACGGGCCGAACGGCAUGAUCCGGUACAAGAUAUCCGCGGGUAACGAGCGGAACGAGUUCUUCGUACAUUCCAUCACCGGCGCGGUGACUAUUCUGGAGCCUCUGGAUUACGAUCUGGUGCAAGAGUACAGGCUGAACAUCACCGCCACGGAUUUGGGAUUCGAACCGAAGCUGGCCGUCGCUACGCUGAUCGUGAACGUGUCCGACAUCAAUGAUAACCCGCCGACGUUCAAUCAGAGCGUCUACGAAGCUUACUUGCCGGAGAACUCUCCGCCUAACAGCUUCGUGUACAAGGUGGUUGCCAAGGACAUCGACUCCCCGAAGUACGCGGUGGUUCAGUACAAGAUCCUAGGCGGCAGCGGCAAAGAUCACUUCAGGAUCCGCGAAGACACGGGCGAGAUCGUGUCACUGAUCAGCUUCGACUACGAGGAGGCGAACGAGUAUAGUCUGGACAUCGUCGCGGCGAACCCCGACUCGAAUCCGCAGAUGGUCGGGUUCACGACGGUUGCCGUGCACAUAACAGGCGUGAACGAGUACUAUCCCAAGUUCAUCCAGCCGGUGUUCCACAUGGACGUGUCGGAGAGCGCCGAGGUUGGGACAUCGGUGGGCUUGGUGCAAGCCACCGACCAGGACACCGGCGAAGACGGCAGAGUUUAUUAUCUGUUCGUGGGGUCGUCGAACGACCGAGGGUUCUCCAUCGGUUCCGAGACCGGCAUCAUCAGGGUCUCGAGGCGGCUGGACCGGGAGACGCAGAACAGAGUGGUGCUGACCGUGAUGACGAAGAACGGGGGCGGGAUCAGAGGCAACGACACGGACGAGGCUCAGGUGAUCGUCUCGAUUCAGGACGACAACGAUCCGCCGGAGUUCCUGCAGACCUCCUACGAUGCUACCGUGUCGGAAGGAGCGGCGCACGGCACCAGAGUGCUCACUGUCCGGGCUGUUGACAAGGACAUCAAGCCGCAGAAUAAUCAGUUCUCGUAUUCCAUUAUCGGAGGGAACAUUGGCCAAGCGUUCAAAGUGGAUCCCCAAACCGGAGACAUCGAGACCGCUAAACAACUGGACCGGGAGACUAUCCCAGCUUACGACCUCACCGUGGGUGCCAUCGAUACUGGAUCGCCGCCGCAAACGGGAACCGCUGUGGUCCACAUCGAGCUACUCGAUAUAAACGACAACGGGCCUGUCUUCGACACGCCGGAAAUGGUCGGCUACGUCAACGAGAACGAACCACCUGGGACUAUCGUGAUGACACUCAGCGCUACCGACCCCGAUUUGCCACCCAAUGGAGCACCGUUCACUUAUAAGAUCGUCGGUGGUAGACAAAGCGACAUGGUCACCUUGGAUAUGCAUACUGGGGUGUUGAGGACCAAUAGGAGCUUGGACAGGGAGGUGAUGCCGCAGUUGGAUCUUGUGGUCGAAGUGGAGGACUCCGGCGUCCCAAAAAUGAGGAACGAGCACACGAUAACCGUGAUCGUCACGGAUCAGAAUGACAGUCCAUCGUCGUCCAGAUCCGUCCACGUGAUCGUCCACUCCUUCAACGAGCAAAUACCUCUAGGAAAGAUCGCCGACGUUCAUCCGAUCGAUCCAGACAUUACCGGUUCCUAUUCUUGUAAGAUACUUCAAGGAUCGAACCCGAAGAUUCUCAGUAUCCCUACCGCCUGCGAUCUCCACACGAAGAAGAUCACUCCAGGGGUCGGUUACUCCCUGAGCGUCUCCGGAAACGACGGUCGCAAUCCGAACGUGGUGUCCAAGGUCACGGUGGAGUUCCUCGUGUUCACGAACACCACGAUCGAGAACAGCGUCACCUUGCAAGUGAGCAAGCUGACUGCCCGGGACUUCCUAAGUCAGAAAUACGGUGCUUUAUUGAACGCGUUGCAAGAGAAAGUCGAAGUUGGCGACACGUUGAGGAUCUUCAGCCUUGGCGAGAAUGCGUCCGACUUGAACAUCCACAUAGCUGUCGAGUCGCCUCAAGGAUAUCGUAGCAAGUACGAGGUGAUCGACCUGCUGAACCGAAACUCCGAGAAGAUCCGGUCUCUCCUCGAGGGAAGACCGUUCUCCAUCGGUUAUUCUCCGUGCAAACACAUACCCUGCAAGAAUAGCGGCACUUGCAGUGACAAACUGGUGAUCUACGACGACGCCAGGAUCAUCGACAGCCAGUCGUUGAUCUUGACGUCGCCGAGAAUGGUGCACGAGAUGACCUGCAAGUGUCGAGACGGAUUCACCGGCGAGAGGUGCGAGAAGAGGCAGGAUCCUUGCUCUUCGAAUCCUUGUCUGCUGGGUGGACAGUGCCGGCGCCUGGGUUACGAUUUCCAGUGCAUCUGUCCGAUCGACCGCGAAGGGAAAUUCUGCGAACUGGAACGAGGGGAUGCCUGCGCGAGCAAUCCGUGUCGAAACGGUGGCUCCUGCAGAAAGAGUCACGACAGCUUCAGUUUCUUCUGUCUGUGCCGAGCUGGCUACAGAGGGAACCAUUGCGAGGCGGUCACCGACUCCUGCAGGCCCAACCCUUGUCUUUACGGAGGACUAUGCGUAGGGGAGAAACCUGGGUACAGAUGCAGCUGCCCCGAAGGAAGGUACGGAAGGCACUGCGAACGUUCCACGUUCGGGUUCGAGGAGCUUUCCUACAUGACCUUCCCAGCUCUGGACUCGAACACCAACGACAUAACGAUAGUGUUCGCGACAACGAAACCGGACGCUCUGCUGUUGUACAAUUACGCCCCGCAAACUGGGGGACGAUCGGACUUCGUGGUGCUGGAACUGGUGAACGGAAGGGUGGUGUUUUCUUACGGAGGCGCGAGGAGCGCCAUCACCUCGAUCACCAUCAAAACGGAACAAUCGAUGUCCGACGGGGAGUGGAGAAAGGUGACGGCGACGAGAAAUGGCAGAGUGGUGUCCUUGAGCGUUUCCACGUGCAGGGAACACGGCGACAUUUGCGACGAUUGCGGACCCGAAGACGGCACCUGCUAUGCGGACGACAUUGGUUCUACAGGUACAUUGAACUUCAACAACAACCCCCUUCUGGUCGGUGGCCUCGAGAACGCAGACCCUGUGCUCGAAAGACCAGGCCAGGUGCACUCGGACGAUUUCGUCGGAUGCGUGCACUCUGUGUCCAUAAACGGCCGAGCCUUGAACCUGUCGAACCCGCUAGCCUCGAGAGGCGUCAAAUCCACCUGCAUUCGAUCGAACAAGAGUCCCUGCCUCAGGGACACCAAGGACUCCGUGUCCGUUUGCGGAGGAAACGCGAGGUGUUACGACAAAUGGCACCAAGUCACUUGUCAGUGUGGAUCGGUCACCGCGCCCAAUUGCGACAAUGCUCUCGAAUCUGUUACCUUGAGCGACGGUGGCUUCGUCGAAUUCAAGGUUUCCGAGAAACACAGAAGGAUGCAAUUACUGGAAUACCUGUACGGCGGCACAACCUUGUGGCACGCGACCAACCGACAGAGACGAUCGAUCACGGAAGAUAAUAGCUUCAUAAGCAGUUCCUCGCCGUUCAAGACGAUCGGACUGAUGUUCAGGACAGUGAAAUCCGACGGCGUCCUCGUGUACGCUGCCACGAACAAACACUUCACAUCUGUGGAGCUUCGAAACGGCCAACUGUUCUACGCGUCCCUAUUGGGUUCCCCGGUGAACAUGUCGGCGAACAUCGAAGGCGGUCUCGCGGACGGCCGCUGGCACAAUCUGACCUUGCACUCGUACUUCCGGGGGCUGAGGCUGUUCGUCGACGGGGUGCAGACGGGCGAAGAGCUGGACUCGGCCGGUGUACACGAUUUCCUCGACCCGUAUCUCUCCGUGCUCUCGAUCGGCGGAGUCAGCCAGGACCUGUAUCACGCUCAGAGCGCUGGCGCUAGGAGCUUCGAGGGUUGCUUGGCCAACUUCACCGUGAACAACGAGAUACAGCCGUUCAACGGCAGCGGAUCGAUCUUCAAGGAAGCGCUGUACCACGGCAAGGUGAGCACAGGGUGCCGAGGUCCGAUCGGCAUCAGCGCCGUGGCCACCGCCGAUCCUCUGAGCAUCGGUAUCACCCUGGUGAUAGUGUUCUUCGUGAUCCUGCUGAUCGCGAUCUUGGUCAGCUUCAUCGUGUUCCGUCUGAGACGGCAGAACAAGGAGAAGAGCGCGCCCUCGGUGGUGAACAAGAACACGAACGCUAUCAUGACCGGGAACCCUUUGGUCGGCGCUGGGAACGACAACAUGAUGUCGCGGCACGAGAACACGUACAUUUCGGACACCUCGGACCUUCGUGGAGUGGGCCACAUGGGUCCCGAGCUGAUCUCGAAGAAGUACAAGGAGAGGGAGAUGAACGCAGCCACGGAGCACCGACCGCAGCGGCCGGACAUCAUAGAGAGGGAGGUGACCAAGUCACCCCCUAUCCGGGACGAGCACCCGCCGCUGCCUCCGCCCGCUCAGACCUCUUUGCACUCUCACGAACACAAUCCGGAACCUGACAUGCCGGAGCACUACGAUCUGGAGAACGCUAGUUCGAUCGCGCCCAGCGACAUCGACAUCGUCUACCAUUACAAGGGCUACCGGGACGGGAUGCGGAAGUACAAAGCCACCCCUCCGCCCAUCAGCAAUUACACGAACCACCACAAACACACCGGCCAGCAGCACAGACACGCCGGUCCUUUUCCUCCAAGGGCUCUGCCACCACCCAACGUCAGUCAACCGACCGGACCCACGCAGAAGCUGCUGCAAAGUACGCCUCUAGCGAGACUGUCGCCUAGCAGCGAGCUCUCCGCUCAACAGCCGAGGAUACUGACUCUGCACGACAUCAGCGGGAAGCCGUUGCAAAGCGCCUUGCUAGCUACCACGUCCUCUUCGGGAGGUGUCGGCAAGGACGCGCUGAACUCCAACAGCGAGAGGAGCUUAAACUCGCCCAUCAUGAGCCAGUUGUCCGGCUCGACUGCCAGCCGCAAGGCUCCCCAAUCGAACAACGAGAACUCCGUGAACAACGUGUCUUCGGGGCCCAUGGGUCUAACCGCCGAAGAGAUCGAGAGACUCAACUCCAGACCCAGGACGUCCAGUCUCGUGUCGACCCUGGACGCUGUCAGCUCGUCCAGCGAGGCGAGAGGACCACCUACUCACGGCCCUCUUCAUCUUCACAGGCGGCACACGCCUCCUGUCGAGAGACUCGAGCGCAGAAACUCGUCGACGACGGACGAGAGCGGGAACGAUAGUUUUACUUGUUCCGAGUACGAUAAUACCUCACUGGUGGGUGACAAGAGGUCCGACAACCCUUUUGCUAAACCCGACGACGAGGAGGUCAACCAGCGCAGCAACGAGUCCUCGCAGACCAGCAAACCGCCGUUGCCGCCGAACGUGAACUACGACGGAUUCGACAGCUCUUUUCGAGGAUCAUUGAGCACGCUAGUUGCCUCCGACGAUGAUCUUUCGACGCACAUGGGCGGUCUUUACAGACCCGCCAGCAACGGAUCCCCAUCGACCACCACCACGGCCCUCAGCUGGGACUAUCUCCUCAACUGGGGCCUGAACUUCGACAGCCUCGUCGGCGUGUUCAUCGACAUCGCCGAGCUGCCCGACAGUGCCAACAGGGUGCCCAGCACCCUUCGAUUACCGGCUAACAUCCCGAAGCCGUCGGAGGAAUACGUUUAAUAGUCCGGUGCGAUCGACCAUCUGCUUGAAAAAGCAGAACGCCCUAAGUCAUAGUUCUCCUUUAAACGCUUCUCGCAUCAUCCUCGCGCGGAUGACUCUUCAGUGUAACGGUUAGAACGAGCAGAGGCUCUCGAAUGGCGCCUGGCAGUGCGCUCCGAACUGAAAGAAUCGGUAAAGUGCUCAACGGGAACGUGCAACCACCAAAAAAAAGGCGGCGACGACGACGCAACGGUAACGAUCGACCGAUCAGUGUUAAUACGCUUUAAUCGCUGAACCGAGCGAUUGCGGAACGCGACGAACGUUCUUCUAGAUCUGUAAGCGAAUCGGCGCGUGCCUCCGGUUCGUCGAUCGACGAGAUCGACUCGGAGAACCGGGGAUGCAACCCGUGUCUUGCCAUAACCAAUAGGAUCCUCGAUCGACCCUUUCACCCUCUCAUCGACCUGCGAACUUGUAAAUACGCCCGCGGCUUUUUUCUGUCUUUUUUUUGUUUUUUUUUUUAAUUAAAAACGAGGUUCCCAACGGACGGACUUCCGGUCGGAUUCGCGCGGAUUCGUCGCGGCAAACUUCCUGUCGGCUGCGAGUUCCUCCGCGAGUUUAUGGUCGGCGGUAACAUUGCGCGACUGUAUCGAGCGAAACUCGAACCACUUUUGUGAACCCUUGGAUGGCGGACAUUCCCGCGGCGAGGUACAUUUCGUCCGGUGCUUGAACGUUCCGAGAGUAUUUCCAAGAUCUUGAGGCAAUUUAGGGAAACAAAUAGUUGUAUUUAGCGUGUCGUAGUUACUGUGAUUGUGUCGUGAUUUUGCGGAGAGACGAAGCAGCGGACAAUGAAGCUGCACCGUUUCUCAAGAAUGCGAUCUUCGCGAUGUUCGAUUACGUUGCGAAAGCGAUCUUUCAGAAAUCGUGGUACGACUAUCGAGAGCUACUUGACAAGCUUUUCGAUACCGAUAGCAAUUUCAUUCGUGAACCUAGAAGUUACCUCGAGUUAGGUAUUUUACACGUGACAACGAGAAUGCUCGUUGGCUCAUUAACAUCGACGUACAAAACAUUAACCCUUAACGGUCCGGAAGUAUAUCAAGUUUACUUCCCACCUGGUCCAGGCUGUUUUUCAAAUCAAAACAAGACUGAAUUUGCAUGCGAAUAACACAAAAGUACACUUACAUAAAAACGGUAAAAGAUAACGAAACAUAGAUAAGAAGCAGAGACCUAAUUCACAAAAAUGACAUGGCACAAUAUUUAACGCAUUACUAGUACACAUAACAACGAUCACAGCAAUAAAAAUAAUAAAUCGGUUCUUGCCGCCAUAUGCGCGGCAUCGGACCCAGUAAGUAAAGUACAAUGCCGCUCGUACGGCGGCAUUGGUCCGUUAAGGGUUAAUAUUCCUAAAACAAAGCAGCUUCCGUGUCCGCUGUUGCAUAUUAAAAAUCAUACGGUUCGCUUUGCACGAAUCUCGUAUUGUCUUCUCAACCGUUUGAGUCCCAGGGGUUAUUCAGAAAACACGGUCGAAAAAUGCCGAACAGCGUGAUAGCGCUUGUCUUAA